AUGCGUAUCGCCGAGAUUCUUUCUGAUUUCAGACACCUACAACACUACAUCGCAAACAUCAGAGCAAACCCUUCAGCCGAGGACUACUACGAGGAAGGCUACUGUGUGCUUCGACAAUGUGCCGAAGAAGCCCACGCCCUCCUCGCUCAACCAUACGAAUGCCAAGGACCGGAACCGGAUGGUGACUAUGAACGAGAGAAGGACCAGCUUCAACGUGUCAUGCUCGAUGCAAGCAUUCGGCGAUUCAAGAUUCAGCAGACAUACCUCAAAGCAAGCGCAGCACUACGAUGGGUCAACUCGAGGAAUGCCAUACUGGGAACGAAUCGACCUCAAGCCAUCCAUACGCCGGCGCUGCAACAGAUAACCAACACUAUGCGAGCAGAACUUGCAUCGGUGACACCAGCUCGGGUAGAGCUAGCUCUACGAUCUCAGGACAGCAUCCAGGGGAAAUGGCUUGUUGAGGAUCCGACAUGGAGCACCAUGGAAGAGAGCAUACGGAACCGCCGAUGA